CAUUUCAUUUGUCGUGGCGAACGGACGCGUCUGCUCUUUGUUUGUGCUCUCAUCUCACACGCGUUUCUCUGUGUGAGUGUUGGUGUGUGCGUUGCGCCGUGUUUUUGUCAGUGUCUGUGAGUUUUUGUUGGCGUCUCGUCUGUUAUAAAAUUUGGUUAACGCGCGAGUUCUUAACGUCUCGCUCUCUAAACGCGGCGGCGACGUUGUCUCAAAAACCAACAAUAAUUUGUAUGUGUGUGUGUGCGUGCCAGUUAGACAAUAUAAUAUUGAUGCCACACUCCACCAGCACAAUAUAGACAGCAAAAACAACUCUCACUCGUUUCAAUUGCACUCGCUAAUUGCGUGAAGUGUAUGUGUCAAAAUUAGUGUGCAAAUUACAACAAAAGUUACAAGAAAAAUAUAGUGAAUACAAAAUUAAAAUCACAUUAAAGCAAACUGCAAAUUUUUUAUACAUUUUUUUUUACUGUGACAGUGAAAGAAAAACAGAGAAAAAACAAAAAAAAAACACAAGUAAAGAGAGGAAAAUACAAUUGAAUUGUUGCUUGGCAUUGUUGUGAUUGUUGUGAAAAGUGAGCGACGACAACGACGACGACAAGAGGGAAAAUACCAAGAAAAGCCAAAACAAACAAACAAUAAGAAGCGCAAAAAUGGGCCAACUGCAAAGGCAGCGAGUGACUCUACUCGCCACACUCUACGUGAUGCUCUGCAGCUGUUUAACUAUAGAAUUGAGCAGCGCACAACAGACGCCCAUACUGGAGAUAUUCCCGAAGCAGGCGGAGCAAAGGAAGCCGGUGGGUAAACCCCUCAUUUUGACCUGUCGACCCAAUGUGCCGGAUCAAGCUCUCGUCACCGAUCUGCAGUGGAAGGAUAAUCAGAACAAUCCGAUUCUGCCCAAGCCGGGCGUUUAUGAUCCACUUUAUGAUUACAAGGGGAAUAAAAAGAAUGUAACGGGACGCAAUCAGCCACCGAUGUACACGGAAACGCUGCCCGGCGAUAGUUUGGCUUUGAUGAUACCCUCGCUGACGAGCGAAAUGACUGGGAAAUAUUAUUGCACCGCCUCGUAUGCAAAUACCGAAUUGCUUCAGACGAGUGUCUCAAUUAAAACUUAUGUUGCCAUUACCUGGACGAAUGCACCGGAGAAUCAAUUCCCAAUUUUGGGCAGCGACUAUACGAUCACAUGCGAAGUGAAAGCUGACCCUAAUCCGACCAUCGAUUGGCUCCGCAAUGGCGAUCCCAUUCGCAACGACGCCAAGCAUGUGGUGCAAGCGAAUGGACUUUUGGUGCGCAACGUCGCGGAGACUGAUGAUGGAAUUUACACUUGCCGCGCUGCUGUCAUCGACACUGGCGAGCUCCUCGAGCGCACCAUUCGUGUUGAGGUCUACAUUACCCCGGUGAUUACGCAUUUGGCCACAACCCUCGAGGCUGUGGAGGGCAAACCAUUUGCGGCGAAUUGCACAGCGACGGGAAAACCGGUGCCAGAGAUUAGCUGGAUUCGUGACUCGGCGCAACAGAAUGUCGCUGAAGCGGAUCGCUUCCAGGUAAAUCCACAGACGGGACUGUUGACCAUCAGCUCGGUGAUGCAGGAGGAUUAUGGCACCUACACGUGCAUGGCGAAGAAUGCCGCCGGCCUAGUCGACCAGAAGACCAAACUGAAUGUCCUCGUCCGUCCCGCUGUCUAUGAGCUCUACAACGUCACUGGCGUCACCGGCAAGGAGAUUGCCAUCACGUGUCGGGCACGCGGACGUCCCGCACCGGCGAUUACCUUCCGUCGUUGGGGUAGCGAGGAACCCUUUGUCGCCGGCUUCCAAUCGGACGAUGCACGCAUCUCCCUCGAACAGCACAAGGACGAAGAACGUGGCGAGAGCUCCGGCACGCUGCGCAUUAUGAAGUCGACGCGUCAGGACGAUGGAUUGUAUCAGUGCAUUGCCACCAACAAGGGGGACACCGCCUACAAGACCGGACACAUUGCCGUCGAAUUCCCCCCAGACUUCAGUCACAUGAAGGAUCUGCCGCCAGUGUUCAGCUGGGAGCAACGUGUCGCCAAUCUGAGCUGUCUGGCCAUGGGUAUACCGAAUGCUACGAUUGAAUGGCGUUGGAAUGGCAGGAACAUCAAGGAUCUGUUCGAUACGAACCUGAAGAUCGAGGGCACCGGACCACGCAGCGAUCUCAUUGUCCAUCCCGUGACUCGGCAAUAUUAUUCGGCGUACAAGUGUGUGGCAACGAACAUUCACGGCACCGCCGAGCACGACAUGCAACUGAAGGAGGCACGCAUUCCCGACUCGGUCACCACCGCCCGGCCACGUCAAUUGACCGCCACCACCAUCACCUUUGAGAUCAUCGGACCGGCCACAGAACUGGGUUUGCCCAUUCUCGCAUUCAGUGUGCAGUACAAGGAGUCUGGGAAUCCCGAUUGGUCAACCGCAUUGAAUCGCAGCUGGUCCCCCGACUCGCCCUACAUCGUUGAGGGUCUAAGGCCACAGACCGUUUACAACUUCCGCUUUGCCGCCCGCAAUCAAGUGGGUCUCGGCAACUGGGGCGUCAAUCAGCAGCAGUCGACGCCACGUCGCUCCGCGCCCGAGGAGCCAAAGCCACUGCACAGCCCCGUCCAGAACGACAAAGAGGAACCCGUCGUUGUUUCACCCUACUCCGAUCACUUUGAACUGCGCUGGGGCGUCCCAGCCGACAAUGGCGAGCCCAUCGAUCGCUACCAGAUCAAGUACUGUCCGGGCGUUAAAAUAGCCGGCACCUGGAACGAACUGGAGAAUCAGUGCAACACAAUUGAGGUGGUGGAGACGACAUCGUAUCAGAUGACCGAUCUGAGCGGCAACACGUACUAUCGCAUCGAAUUGAAGGCGCACAAUGAGAUCGGAUAUUCAUCGCCGGCAUCGAUUAUUAUGAAGACGACACGAGACAAACCCUAUCCGUAUUCAUCAAGCAGUGCCACACGAGCACUGUCCACGACCACAACACUGCUUGCCACAACAACAAUCACUGCACCACAGUUGCUGCUGCUGCCGCUCCUGCUGCUGCUGUCGCUGCCGCUGACGACGCGCACUGCUUAAACGAUACAGCUGUAAAGCAGUGCCCGGAUUUUACACACGGAUCACACACACGAGGAAGAUGAUAACGAACGAUGUGCUGCAAGUUUUUGUUGUUCUCUAGUGUUGUUGUUUUUUUUUUUCGUCUUACUCUUUUUACUCUUUUAACAACGUGACGUGAACUGUAAAUAAUAUUAAGUGAGACAAUUACCAAAUGGAAAAAGAAUCAAUUAAAAAAAGAAUACAUACCACAGUCAUGCAUACUACAUAAAUACUAUAUACUAAAUAAUGAAAAACAGCAGCAUUCAAAAUACUACAAAUACAUAUGAUAAAAUAUCAGUAGCGUGUUUAACAUUAAAUAUGUGCGCUAUAUAUGAUUCCAUUCAAUGUACAAAAUACAAAUGCUAAAUGCCAAAAGGAAACAACCAACAAAAAAAAACGCAUAAAAUAUGAAAAUACUAAAAAAAAAAAGUAAACAUAUUCAUCAUACUCGGUAUGUCCAGAAAGCUAAGAAGAAAUCCUUAAAAUUGUUAAAUUCAAAAAAGAGUUAUUUAGUUUAUAGCUUCGGUUCGAAGAUAUCCCAAAUAAAUCGCAAUCCCUAAACACAACUUUCCAAGCUGAUACGCAAUCGAAAAUACACACUGCCAAUUAUAAAAACAAAUAUACCCAAAAUUUUAGAGACUCUUACAAACACUUGAAAACAAAAGGAGAAAAUUAUAGAAAAUAUUUGAAAUUUACAGAAUUUCUUUGUUGAUUUGCAAACAUUUGCUCAAUUUAUAGCUCACAUAAAGGGAACCAACUGGAUCACUGAAUUUUAAUUAUAUAAUAAUGUAAUGGAAAUUUAUAUUGAUGUAUACAAAAAAAAAAAUAGUUUCUUUUUACGAAUCUCUCGAUGAAAUUUAGUCAAAUUAUAUUAGAUUACAAACAGAUGAUCUGUAGGGGUUUAAUAUAAUCGGUUUUCCGAUUAUAACUGUUCUUUCCUGUUAUCCAAUAUAUUUUAUUUGUUGUUGUGAAGAACUCCACCGUUUACCACUUGAAUGCAAUCCAAAUUGUGUCAGUUUCAGAUUUGUGGUUUAGUUUUUGUUUCGACCAUUGAAUGUAUACGUUAAGGGGACAAUAAGUAACUGAAAGUAUAAUAUGUUAAAAGAAAAAAAAAACCAAAUACAUCAAUGACUACACUGGACUAUAUAGCAAAUCCUUUCUCCUAUCCCCCUUCCACCUAACGAAAAGAAAAAUGAUGUUUCCAACUAACGAAUUUGUUUCACAUGGUGUAUUAAGCUUAAAGAAUGUG